UAGUACUAACCCACAAGGUACUAGUUUGAGAAGGAGAAGAGAAAGAUGUUCAAGAGUGGUCAGAUAACCUUUACUAGUGGAAGAACUAGUUGUAGUAUCAGGAAUAGAAUCAAAGUAAAAGGUGAUAAGUGCAAGAAGCAAUAGAAGCAGUGGUUAGUAAAGUCCAGAAUUGCUGUAAUUGAGUGUGUAGUUUUGAAGUAUUUAAGCAGUGCUAGUAAUUGGUACAGCCAGUGACCAAAAACUGGAAAUUAAAAUAAAAAAUGCAACAUCAAAGGCUUUUAACAUCUUUUAUGCCCUGGAGGUCAAAACAUGCAUCAUUUACGCCCACACACUUAUUUAUUGACUUUGAAUAAUAAUAUAAAUAUUACGCACUUUGUUAUUCCAAUCAGAUCCUUGUCCCUAGAAAUGCUCUUCACUUUGUUUACCAGCUCAGCCUCACAUAAAUCAAACAAGAGCUCCAAAAAUACAUUUUAAGAGGAAUAAGUACGCCGCUGACUUCCUGUCUCAAUGCUCUGCUGAUAUGGGAUCAUAAUUUCUCAGUACUUAAUUGGGCUGUUUCUGCUCCCGCCGGUGAAAGAGAAACAAACCAAAAUGUACAACAGCAGCCAAGCGAUCUUCAAUGACACCAAUCCAGAGUCGGAGAGCGUGGUCAGCAACGACUUCUCCACUGCGCUGGGCGCCCUCAUCCUCGGCCUGGUCUUCCUCCUUGGCGUCCCCGGGAACCUCUUCAUCGUCUGGAGCAUCCUGGCCCGGGCGCGGCAACGCUCCGUCACCACCUUCCUCAUCCUCAACCUGGCGUGUGCCGACGGCGUCCUCAUGGCGCUCACCAUCUUCUUCAUCAUCUACCUGGCCAAGCAGUCCUGGGUGUUUGGCGAGGUCAUGUGCAAGGGCCUCUUCUACUUGUGCAACACCAACAUGUACGCCUCCAUCUUCACGAUCAUGCUCAUGAGCCUGCACCGGCUGGUGGUGGUGGUGUACCCCCGCCGGGUGUCCUCCAGGAUCAACAAGAAGGUGGUGAUCCGGGUGAUCGUGGGCAUGUGGAUUCUGGUGAUGCUCAUCUCCAUCCCGUCACUGGUGUUCCGAAGCGUCCGGGAGGACAAAGACGAGCGGAAUAAAACCCGGCUGGUGUGUGCACCGGAGCACACAGAGGACCGACAUGUGAGGUUCCAUUACACCUUUGAGACGGUGGUUGGGUUCAUCAUCCCCUACACCAUCAUCAUCACCAGCUACGUUCUGAUCCUGAGACGCCUGAGGAAGACCAAGUUCCACAGGAAGGUCCGCAGCGAGAAUCUCAUCCUGGCCAUCGUGGUCACUUUUGGUCUUUUCUGGCUGCCGUACCAUGUGAUCAACAUGAUGCAGGUGGCGUCACGGUGGUACAAACCAGACUCAGAUGGACGAGACACGUUGGAGCACAUCACCAAGUCCAGUCGGGUCGUGACCUCAGCUCUGGCCUUCAUCAGCAGCUGUGCCAACCCAGUCCUCUACACCUUCGCCGGCAAGUCCUACAUCCGAAAGAACGGGCUGGCCUUCAUGGCUCGGCUGUUCGAGGGGACAUCCUCCGACCAGACCGGGAAGAGCCGGAUGGGGAACAAAGAGGGCGUGGGCCUCGGCACCAUGGACUCCAGCUCGGGGUCUUCAGCACAGAACGGAAGAUCGCAGAUAUAUGAAAAUAAAAACUGAACUGGAGGCGGCAGGCGGGCGACGCACCGAGAGUCACCGGUUCGAGUCCAGGGUGCGUCCACUUAUGGUUAGCUAGGCAAGAGUGGUCGAUGAUAUGAAUGUAAACACGUAAAGAAAACAAAAAUGUAUUACCAUUAUUGAAUGUAAAUAAGUUUUGUAUUUUAUAAACAAAGUGAAUGAUUUUAUUUAAACAUUGCACAACAUGUUCCGGAAACUGUUGUGAAAUUGGCAUCAUUGAGGAAAGGAUUUAGUCAUGUGCUGACAUCACAUUUACCAGUGUUAUGAAACAUGUUUUCUCUUCAGUGGUUAAACAAUCGUUGAAUGAACCUUCAAGAUGAAGCCCUUCUUUCAUGAGAAAGUACCAGCAUUUAUUGUUCUAAAUAUCAGCUUCAACAAACCUGUUGAGUAGCAAACUUAACCUUUCAAAUGUCUUUUUAAAUAGAAAAUAUUCCUUAAUUUGAUUCAAAUUGAGCAGGACAUGUCAGCUUCCAUAUUCUGGAUAUGUACACAAGUUUAACUAGACAUUUAAAAAAGUUAAAGUAUGAGGCCUUGCACCAUUAAAUA